CGUGACCUUCUCCUCUUUUUUGAAAAGCAUGGACGCAGAGGCAAAUGAAGUCAAGUUCGGGAGUAUCUAAGACUUAAGGCAGGGUGCCGUUAUCACUUAUAAUAUUUUUAAAUAAUGGAAAAGAAACAGAGCCUCUUCGGUAACUUAUUUUGUUCCGUUUAAAUUCCGCAAGACAUAGUGGCAAUCUGUAUUUCCUAAGUUUUUGUUCUUAGCUGCAUUUUAAAGUCAUUCAUCGCGAUGUUACGGCUCCUCGCCACCCAGGGCUUUCAUGAACUCUACAGAUACAGUCAUUUUGUGGCGUCUUGCGGUACCAAGAGGCAGCUGAUAAGUUUUCUCCCAGUCUGCCAUCACCGAGUGUCCAUCCUUGCUCGCCACAUCAGUACUGGGAGCCCAGUGAGGAAAGAUGCUCUUCAGCCUAAAGGAGAUAAAUCCGGGGAAAUAGAGUCAAUAGAUUUGGACAAAUGGAAAUCUGUAAUGAGAUCAAAAGCUGCAUCACAAGAGAAACAGCAAGUCGUUAAUGAGGAGGACGUAAGUGAUGAUGAUGAAAACCACAAAGAAUCAGGGGAUGAUUUAAAGGACAGUUCUUCACUGGAGGCAACCAGGGAUCUGGUUGUGAUGUGGCGGCAUGCUGGGAAGCUUGUACCUCAGGAGAUGACUGAUGAGGAGGUUGAAACGCUGGCAAAGCUCACCACCAAGUCCUCUAGGAAGAAGUACCUGAAGUACCUGGCCAUCAGGGAGGGUCACAAAAUGUACCGCAAGCAGAAGCAGCAGCAGAAGAAGGCAGAGAAGGAGGCUAUAAUGGAGCAGAAAAGAGGACAAGACAACGUUUCAGAAGAACUGAAAAACACAUUUCUCCUCCAGUUCUGGAGCCGCUCCCUGGACAAGCUGCUGGCCUGGAGGAGCGCCCAGGCCAUGCUGUUUAAUCAGCCGCUGGUGUUUGACAUGAGCUAUGACUCCAACAUGUCUAGGCGGGAGAUAGAGAACACGGUGUCCCAGCUGAUGGAGGUGGAAGGGUGGAACCGACGUGCCACUGAGCCCUACCACCUCCACUUUUGCAACCUGCAGCCAGACGGGGCCUAUGAGAAGGAGCUGCUCAAACGAUACGGUGCACAGGCCUGGGACCGCCUGCUCAUUACCAGCACUGACCGCCAUCAUGUUGAUCUGUUCCCCCAUGAACAACUUGUGUACCUCACUGCAGACUCCCCCAAUGUCCUCCGCACCUUCGACCACUCCAAGGUCUACAUCAUUGGAGCUUUGGUGGACCGGUCCAUCCAUUCAGGCUUAUCCUUGGCCAACGCCAAGCGUCUGAAGCUGGCCACAGCCCGUUUACCCCUAGAUGAGUUCCUCCACUGGGAGAUUGGGGGCAAAAAUCUUACUCUGGAUCAGAUGAUCCGCAUCAUGCUCACUCUCAAGGAGACGGGGAAAUGGGAGGAGGCGUUAAAGUUUGUGCCUAAGAGGAAGCAUGAUGGCUUCCUGCAGCAGCAGACACAAAAAGAGAUUGUCAGUAACAAAGUCAGGGGAGUCACAAAUCAUGGACUGAGAGAGGAUGGUGACAGGAGGGUAAAAUCUGAAGAAAGAAAUACAGAGAGGACAUUUAAAAGUGUAGACCAAAGUUUUUACAGAUCCCAUAAAGACUCUAGGUUCACUGGCAGAGACAGAAUGGCCGGACUGAGCAGUGACAGAGAAUACAAACCAGCUGUAACCAGAGUACGGACAUCGGUUAAGAGCAGCAUGGAAGGAAAAAAGAAAGCAGGCAAAAAAAAAAUGUGGUGGGAUGAUGAGUGAAGUUAGCAAAAACUGUAAUAAGGACAUGUUUACAAGUGCUGUCUGAGGAAAUGUAAAAAAAAAAAAAAGAACUGAGACAAUUGAUUAAUAAAAUGUUGGAAUAGUUGCUUUUAAGUGCUUUUUUGACUGAGUUCCAGUGCAAGUUAUGAACAAGACAGGAAUGACACAUUUUUAAAAAGGCAGGAACUAUUUUGGUCUUUAUUUUGGUCUGAUGUACAAAUCAUGUAUAAAUAUUUUUAUGUGUUUUCACUGUACAUUAUACCAGCAUCAUCACUUUCCAUACAGAUGAAGUCAACCAAAAUAUUAUUAUUAAUACAGCUUGAUUUUAGAAAAUGGCAGAAAGGCAUGUGCAAUAUAUUGCUAGCCAUUUCAAUGUAGUGUAUUGUGAGGCAAAAAAAAAAAAAUCAUAAAUCUUUUUUAAGUAAUGAAUCACACAAAAAAAAAAAUCACCCAAAUAAAGGUGACACGAUC